AUGCUCGCCACCUCGCCUCCCUGCGCCGCUCCAGGCGUCAAUACUCUGGCCCUGCCCCAGUUGAAGCGCAAGCGUUCGCAUUCCAGCGAUCCGACCCCCGGUCAAGAUGCUCCGGUCGCCACCAAGUUGCGCGCCGACGAUGCGCCCGCUCAUCCCGUCGCCCCGACGCAGAAGCUCGAGUCCGUGGACGACAGUCCCUGCGACCCCAUCUCCACAUCCACUGAUGCGUCGCAUCCGCCAAAUUCAACUUCCGAUGGCUCGACCCCUGCCGACGGCGAUGUCGCCUCGCGCAAGGUGGACGUCGAUCGCUUGCGCGAGACGAUCGAGGCGCAGCUCAGUCUGGAGGUCUUGUUGAAGCACAACGAAAUGCGCUUGAUCGACCUGGAGAUCGCCAAAUGUCAAGUCGCGUUGGAACAGUUGCGGCGAUGCGCCGAGAUCCCGUAUCCUGCCUCCCAACCCGCCGGACUAUCGCCGUCCGUCAGCGCCGGGACGGGGAUGGCGGUGCUUGCUCCUGGAAAUGGGCCUGCACCGCGCUCUCCGGCUCCGUGGGGCGUCGCCGACGGCCCCUACACGCGACACUACGCGCGAUGGUUGCUGCCCGACCCCCGCUUCGACGGCGGCGAAAUCGAGCCCGGCACUCCCGCGGUCAUCGGGGCCGUGGGGACACCCACGGUGGAAGGCCGCUCGACGCGUGGGAGUGCGGGCGACGCCGGUUUCGCGGCCGGCAAGUCUCGCUCUCAACGCGGAUCCGCCGCCAGCGCGAGGCUACAAUCUCUGCCCAAUGGCUACCCGGCUCCGAAAGAAAAGGCCGGCCCCAUGAUCAUCCGGCGAAAGUCGGAUGGCGUCAUGGUGAAGCUGAUCUGCCUGGACUGUCGCCGCGACAACUUCUCCAGCACGCAGGGUUUCAUCAACCACUGCCGCAUUGCCCACAACCGAAAUUUUGCCAGCCACGAUGCCGCUGCCGUCGCCUCCGGGGAACCGGUGGAAGUCAACGAGGCGGGUGCGAUCGUGGGAGGCACGAGUGAACCCCCCAGCACGGCCGCGGCUGGGUAUGUUCAUCCGUUGAUACGGUCGGCCCACGUCAUCGAGCCGUCGUCGAAGACGCCGUCAUCCGGGUCAGCAACUUCCGGCGGCGACCAGGCGACGCCCCGGAAGCCGUCGACCUCCGGCCGGCAAGAAUCGUCUGCGGUGGAAACACCUCGUGCAUCUGUUCAUCCGUUGCUCGGCAAGCAGACCACGCCUGCCACGGCGAACGUCUCGAACGUCUCCUUCAUGGCCUCCCCGGACACCCCCCAUCUCUCGUCGCUGAUGCAGCUGCGGGGCGUUAGUCUGGACCUUGAUCGAUUAGUCGGGGAAGCGAAGACGACGAUUGACCUCGGUGCCUAUUCUUCGGACGAGGGCGAAUCGGACGGGGAGCAGGAACAGCCGCCAGCCGGUGAGGCCCAGGACCAGCAAAACUCGCUGGGAGGUCGCGUCGGCCGGCAACCUAUGCGGACGACCGCGUCGCAGGCGACGUCGCGACGACCCGGCAGUAGCAAGGGAGUGGACAAGACGAGUCACCGGCCAUUCCCCAUCGAAACGCUAACUCCGACGCGGCCCGCUCCCUACCAGUCACCAUACGCUCCGACUACCUCGUCGCGGCCCACUCAACUCCUUGAACUUCGCGAAGUGGACGGCCUUGAUCGUUCCUCGAACUUGAGCCCAAACACCAUGGAGUCCAACCAAGCCCCGAGUUUGGUGAGCGACGAUGAGGAUGACUACGAGGAGGCGUCCGACUCGGAGAGUCUGGGUCCCAGUUCGUCCGAGGCCGGGGAUCACGAGGAGGACUUCAGUCACAUUGAUGUCGCGGGCGACGAAGACGGCACGGCCUCUUCCGCGACCACCGAUCCUAAAACCCACCCCAGGAUAUCCGGCGCGGCGGCUCAUCCCUCCGCGUCUUUGCCGAAGCCUCUUCGACGUGGCAACGCCAGGAAGAAAGAGAGAGUGCUCUCCUCUUCCGUCGUGCCGCCCUUGAAUCGGGACAGGGACGAGAGACGAGUGAGCUUUGCCAGAGGGCAAUUCCCCAAUUUCCAUCCUGACCAUAUCACCCGUGACACCUUUGACCGUCUUCUCAACUGCUACCCUGUGACCGUGGAAGCCAUUACGCGUCGUAAAGCUGCAGAACGUGCCGCUCGCUCCUCAUCCGCCGCAGCGAAGAAGGCCAAGAAAUCUAGAUCCAGCUCCUCGGCUACCAGGGAGCAGCAACCUGACCACGACGCAACGCAGACGGAACAGGUGGACCGCGAAGUGCAGGACUUCUUACGGCUCGAUGAGAGACGGUAUCAAGGUCUUCCUGAGCUUGUGAAGAACAGGGCAGAGGGGAGUAAUGGUGGAGGCGGGUUUCUUACGAAAGAGGAACUGGUCGAGGUGAUGGAGUGGAAGUUAAAACACGGCGUCUCUCGCCCCAUGCUUCUUGGUAUGGUCAAGGGAAAUCAGGAAAAGGUGGUUCAAAAAGCCACGUCGGAUGCGUUUGCUGCUGUCCCUGGGCAUGGGCUUGAGCUUAAGGACGAAGGCAAUGAUGAUGCGGAUGGUGAAGUGGAUGAGUUCCCCAAAUCUAGUCUUGACAUGCUGACGGGCCCUCUUCGUGGCGUUGGGCCCGCCACGGCGUCUCUUUUGCUGUCGGUUGGGACGGGGGUUGGGGACCCGCCGCUGGAGGUCCCGUUUUACAGUGAUGAUACUUUCCUCUGGCUUUGUUUGGGGGAGGUUCCGUCUACGAAUGACCCCAAGGAUGAUGCGCCGGGAGGGGAGGCGGGAGAGGAGCCAGCGAAGAAGAAACAACGUGCUAGUAUUUUCAAACCCAGUGGGGAGAUUAACGUGAAGUACAAUGCUCAGGAAUAUCGACAGUUGUGGGACGCUGUAAGGGCGCUGCGGAAACGACUGAACAAGGCCGAGUCUUCGGCUGGGCAUGUCUCCUGUGCGGAUGUCGAAAAGGUGGCUCUGGUGCUGAGGCAUCUCGAUGCUUCGGGGUUCUUGGAGACCGAGACGAGGGAAAGUAGCAGCUCGGAUAGGAAGAGGAAGAGAAAUGGAAAGACUGGUUGA